AUGGAUCUAAUAACAUUGGGAAUAACUUUAUUGUUAUGUUUUAUAAUAAGUUUAUACACCAUUAUAUAUUUGUUCUCACACAAUCCAAGAGCCCCAUUCAAAAGUGAGUUAUUUUAUAUCACUAAUGACAGUAAAAAGGAACAAUUUGCAUUACCUGAUAGAAUAACUGGAAACUCCAAAUAUGUAGAUAAAGGAGUUGAUUUGAGUGUGAUCAUCCCAUGUUACAAUGAAACCAAGAGAUUGAGAGUCAUGUUGGAUGAAUGCAUAGGUUACUUGAAGGAAAAUUAUCCAGGGAAAUUUGAAAUUUUAAUCGUUGAUGAUCAGAGUAGUGAUGGUACAGCCGAAUAUGCUCUUUCAUUAGCUGAAGAAUUCAAUCUUAAACCACAUGAAAUGAAAGUGGUAAAGUUCGUUAAAAAUAGAGGUAAAGGAGGGGCUGUUACACACGGUUUAUUGUACUCAUCAGGUAAGUAUGCUUUAUUUGCUGAUGCUGAUGGAGCCAGUAAGUUCUCAGAUAUCAGUAAAUUGAUUCAGUUCUUUGAUAAUGAAUUGACUGAUGAACCAGGAGUCGCUAUAGGUUCACGUGCACAUAUGGUAAACACGGAUGCUGUGGUUAAGAGAUCCUUUAUUAGGAAUUUUUUGAUGCAUGGUUUGCAUACUUUAGUCUACGUUUUUGGUAUCAGACAAGUAAAAGAUACACAAUGUGGUUUCAAGUUAUUCAACCAUAACAGUAUAAGUAAGAUAUUCCCUCAUAUGCAUACAGAAAGAUGGAUCUUUGAUGUAGAAGUUUUAUUAUUAGCAACUAUUCAAAAUAUCAAAAUCAAGGAAGUUCCUAUCAAUUGGCAGGAAAUAGACGGAUCCAAGGUAGACUUGGCCAAAGAUUCAAUAGAAAUGGCCAUUGAUUUGAUUGUUACCAGAAUCGCUUAUAUAAUCGGGAUUUACAGAUUAGAUAAGGAUAAAAGGGUGAACCCCAUGUAG